AUGGCUCGACAUUCAUCGACGUCAACGUCGCCGCCAUCAGUCGUCAAGUCAUAUAGCUCAAAAGACGAUGGCGACGAUGAAGGCGACGGCGGUAGCCGAAAAGGAGAACAAAGAACAAAGAGCAAUCAACGGUGGAUGAAAUUACGCACAACUGUACAGCUGUCCUCCGCAAUGUCAAGAAAACCGCCUCUUAAACGCGAAGAUUCAUUUCUGAAAAGGUUUUCUACCCGACCAAGACCGAGAAGUCAAGAGACCCUCGACAACACCGAAGGCGAAGAUGAUACGUCCAACAACAGUAGGAAGAAGAAAAAGAAACGAUCUCGCAAGCGAUCUCGCAGGUCUCGAAAAUCGUCCAGAACUGUCAUCAAUCCGGAUGAAAAUGUGUACUAUUACUGGCUAAUGGUGGUGUCAGUGUGCGUCCUGUACAAUCUCUGGGCACUAAUCGUGCGUCAAAGUUUACCGGAAUUGAACGAACUAGUGUACAUUACUUGGUUAAUGCUUGACUACUUUAGUGAUGUUGUGUUUAUCAUGGAUGUAAUUGUGCAGUUUCGUACCGGUUAUUUGGAGCAGGGACUCAUGGUUUACGAUGGAUGGAAACUGGUUGGACACUAUCUGUUCUCUAAGUUUUUCUUUCUGGAUAUAUUUGCAUUGACACCGCUCAGUGUGUUCGGACUGGAUGUUAGCAACAACCCCAUAUUGAGAUUUCCUCGGUUUCUGAAAAUUUAUCGACUGUACUACUUUUAUUACAUGGUGGAAUCGCGCACAGUUUAUCCGAAUUUCUGGCGCGUACUGAAUCUCAUCCACAUCCUGCUUAUAUUGGCGCACUGGUUUGGUUGCUUCUACUACCUGCUGAGUGAGGCUGAGGGCUUCAAAGGGGAAUGGGUUUACCCGUAUCGGCCCGGUAAAUAUUCUACCCUGGCUCGGAAAUAUCUUGCUUGUUUAUAUUGGGCCACGCUGACACUGACAACUAUAGGAGAUCUUCCUACGCCAGAGACCAACGCCGAAGACCAAGCGGGUGGUGCUAUCCGGAGCCUCGCUCGUCGGCAAACGAAGAUCCUCCAGUUUCAACAUAAUUCUGGAUACGUCUUUACCAUAGUCAGCUACUUGAUCGGCGUCUUCAUAUUUGCCACCAUCGUCGGCCAGGUUGGUAACGUCAUCACUAACAAGAAUGCGAAUCGUCUUGAGUUCGAGAGGCUUCUGGAUGGCGCCAAGACCUACAUGAGACAUCACAAGGUACCGGAAGAUAUGAAACGAAGGGUGCUCAGAUGGUACGACUACAGCUGGUCGCGCGGCCGAGUGCACGGCGGGGGUGACAUCAACACCGCCCUUGGCUUACUCCCGGAUAAGCUCAAGACUGAACUGGCGCUGCACGUAAACCUCUCAGUACUGAAGAAGGUUACCAUUUUUCACGAAUGUCAACCGGAAUUUUUGUGCGACCUUGUCCUGAAAAUGAAGGCAUAUAUAUUUACCCCCGGUGACUUGAUAUGUCGGAAAGGCGAAGUUGCACGAGAAAUGUUUAUAAUAGCUGAUGGCAUAUUGGAAGUACUGUGUAACAAAACUGGCAGAAUACUGACAACCAUGAAAGCCGGGGAUUUCUUUGGCGAGAUUGGUAUACUCAGUUUGGACGGAUUGAAUAAACGCACAGCCGACGUUCGUUCGGUGGGUUAUUCCGAAUUGUUCAGCCUAUCGCGGGAGGAUAUGUUGACAGCGAUGAAGGAUUAUCCAGAGGCACGAGAGAUCUUAAGAAAUCUUGGCCGUAAGAGAUUGAUGGAAGCACAGAAGGCAGAGAAGGAAAGGCGGCAGUCUAUGUCUUCCGGCCAUGAUUCGUCUGAUAAUAGUAGUAUUAAUAAAAAUAUUGUCAACAAAUUGAAGAGUGAUGUAAAGGGUUUGAAGAACGUCCUCCGAAAAAGAAAGAUUAAUACUCAAUUGGACGAGACUGUGGAACAACAGCCAUUGGCGGCGAAGCUCGCCAAUGGCAGGAGAAGAUCGAUGCUGAAACGACAGCAGAAGAUCGAUGAUCAAGACUUGUUUGCUCCAAAUAGUCAGGACCAGCCAGUGUCACCGCUGGGCGCUGGUCUUCCGCUGCUAGCUCGGCUCAAACUGUUGAAGGAAAAGGAAGAGAUGGAGGAACGGCUGAAUUUGAUGGAUGUAUCGAGUCACGUAGAAGUACAUCCAGUACCAAUCUCGGAGGUUUCAAACCUCACCAAACAUCACUCUAGUAGAAAAAACUCCUUUCUGUUUACAACACAUGAUGAGAUCGUUCCCGAAGAUACUAACCUGCAAUUGAAUAAACAAUCGUCCUUGGAUGGUCAGAGCAUUCCUAUGACUACUGCGCUAUCAGAGGUUGAGUCGAUCAAGAAACCCUCAACCACGUUGAAAAACAUAGUAACCUCCAAAGACAAUUUGCAACAGACAAGUAAACCGAAAAUACUACAGCAGACUAAGACGUACGUUUCCAUCGCUGAUCUCUCACCGGAGCAUCGCAGUCUACCAUUCGUUAAAAAGCUCAAACUUCUCAACGAAAGACAGAAGUUGGCUGAACUAGAAAGAACUGUUAGGAGCUUAUCCCUCGAUUGCGGCAAAAAGAUCGAGUCAAAAUUUGACAACCUCACGAGGAGUCAUUCGGAAACCUGUGCCAUCGAGUACACCAGGAAGUUAGCGAAAUAUCAUCAAGAUCGACGAGAGGCUGGAGCUGGAUCGGAGCAACUAUCGCCAGAGAACAAGAUGAAAGCUCCAACAAUUGAAGGAUAUGCUGCGCGACGGUCAAAGUUAUCUAAGCGUGUGACAUUCAAUAAGUACACGCUGCAGAGCCCGCCAUCCGAGCAGACCUCACCACCGCAAUCCAACACCCAAGAUCAAUUGCCAUCUCGGCCGAGUAAAUUCAGUCCUGUGAGUAGUACCGGUGGUGUUUUGCAAACAUUGUGCCAGUUGCAGGAGGAGUAUCUGAGCAAAUUGCUUUUUGGAGUCAGCGAGAUCAUCAAGGCAGGCAUGGAUGAAGUACAGAAAAAGUUUGAGCAACAGCUCACUUCAUUAGAGUUGGAAGUACAUCAGCGUGAAGAUAUAAUAUCGCAAUUACAGUCACGCAUUCAGCAAUUAGAGCAAGGAAAACAGCCAAGCAUGGACGUUUCCGGCAGGGACAGCAUUGAACAUCAAGCUUCUAUGGAAGAGGAUGAAGAUAACGCUUUCAUGCGUGAUAGUUCCAUCCUCGGGACUCACGAUCGAUAUUCAUUAAUCGAUUCAAGCAGCAGUCGAUCUUGGGAGCAGCUUUCAGGUGCUCUGGAGCUACAGGAGCUGCCAAUAUCAAAUAGAUUGAUGAGAAAUGAUAACAUAAUGAUUGACAUCGAUACAAGCGAUGAAGAAGAAUUCGUUUGUAGUCUUUCACAAAAUAUUGACAGCGAAGAUAACCAGGAGACAGACGAGGAUGACGAUGAACAGAAUGAAGAAAAUCUAUUAGAAGAUGGGUGCGAUUGGGAAGCUCUUUUGAUGGCACAAGAGCUUGCCAAACGAAAAAAUAGCCAUAACUGGGAUUUCUAA